AUGAAAUCCAUGAAAUCAAGAACUUCCAAAUCCAAACCCACUGCUCCGCCGGCCGACCUUCUCGUUUGCUUUCCGGCACGUUCCCCUCUCACCCUUUUACCAAAACCCAUCUGCAGUCCGGCCAGACCGCCGUCGGAAUCCCACCGUCGCCACCAGAAAAGGCCAACGCCGGUUGGAGCCGCCCAAGCUAGCCCUCUGCUUUGGGCCAAGGAGUUGGCGUCGGAGCCGACAUCGCCGAAGGUCACAUGUGCCGGCAAGAUCAAAAUCCGACCCACCACCAAGAAUUGGCGAUCAGUUAUGGAAGAAAUCGAGCGAAUUCACAAGAAGAAGAAGAAGAAAUUACCCAAUCAAAAUCAAAACCCACUUCGAUUCAAAAGAGAAAUCGUUAAUAUUCUGUCGUGUUUUCGCGGCUUCCGCUUCGAUUUCCGUUGCUUCAGAGGCUUCCAUCAGUCCGUAAUCACAUCGGAAGAAGAACAAGAAGACGGCGACGGCGACGGCGAGUGCGAAUCGGAAGAAGAACCCAACAAAGGUUCGAGAAGAACAAUGUUCGCGGAAUGGUUCAUGAUUGUACAGGAAAAAGAAGAAACCAAACCCAGAAACAAUAUCAGUUGCUCUGUUCCGCCGCCAAAUGCUCUGUUACUGAUGCGUUGCAGAUCAGUCGGGUGGAUCGAGCGGAAACCAAAAGAAGAACAAGAAGAUGAUGAAAAAGAAGAAAAACAAUCCAAAAUCAGUCACAAUCCAUUGCUGAGAACUCGGAGUUGGAAGAGAUGA